AUGGAAGGCUCCAAUGGCUUUGGGAUCGACUCCAUUCUCUCCCACCGCGCGGGCAGCCCCGCCCUUCCCAAGGGGGACCACUUGCUCGGGGACUGCCGCUCGCCCCUGGAGCUGAGUCCACGCACGGAGAGCAGCAGCGACUGCUCUUCACCGGCCUCGCCAGGAAGGGACUGUCUGGAGACGGGCACCCCGCGGCCUGGCGGGGCAUCCGGCCCAGGCUUGGACUCCCCGCUGCAGCCCGGGCAGCUCUCUGCCCCGGCCCAGUCGCGCACCGUCACCUCCUCCUUUCUGAUCAGGGACAUCCUUGCUGACUGCAAACCACUCGCGGCCUGUGCGCCCUACUCCAGCAGCGGGCAGCCCGCAGCCCCUGAGCCUGGGGGCCGCCUUGUGGCCAAGGCCGGGGAGGACUUUAGAGACAAGCUGGACAAAAGUGGCAGCAACGCGUCGUCAGACUCUGAGUAUAAAGUGAAGGAGGAGGGCGACCGAGAGAUUUCCAGCUCCCGGGACAGCCCCCCGGUGCGCCUGAAGAAGCCACGCAAGGCGCGCACGGCCUUCACCGACCAUCAGCUGGCGCAGCUGGAGCGCAGCUUCGAGCGGCAGAAGUACCUGAGUGUGCAGGACCGCAUGGAGCUGGCGGCCUCGCUCAACCUCACCGACACACAGGUCAAGACCUGGUACCAGAACCGCAGGACUAAAUGGAAGCGACAAACGGCCGUGGGGCUGGAGCUGCUGGCCGAGGCAGGCAAUUACUCAGCGCUGCAGCGGAUGUUCCCGUCGCCUUAUUUCUACCCGCAGAGUCUGGUCUCCAACCUGGACCCGGGCGCCGCGCUCUACCUGUACCGCGGCCCGAGCGCGCCGCCGCCCUUCCCAGACAGUCCCGGCUGGGCAGGGGUCAGCUCCUGGCCUCCCUCGCUGCGCCGGGCUGCGGUGCCUCGCUGA